AUUAGGUCACACAGGGACAAUCUAGGGUUGGGAGAAGAGAGGUCAGAUAGGAAAUCUUUGUGGAAUGCACUCUGGGGAAUGCGCUCUAGCCGCCACGCCCACGCCCAGAGCAGCACCAGCAACCGAGGCGACCAAGCAGCUAGCACAGGAGGAGGAAGAAGAAGAAGAGGAGGAUGGCCUAGGAGGAGGAGGAGGUAAAGGAUCCAGUGCCAACAAGAGGGCUUGCACCAUACCUUCCUCCGCCACUAUGCCCGCCACUGACAGCCACAGCAGCGCCGACGACAUUGCUACGGCGAGCUUGUUCCCGGUGGAAGACAUUGUCCAGAAUCCACUGCCCGGAUUCGUGGCUCCCUCCUCCGUCGCGUUCAGCCCCGAUGACAAGCUCGUCUCCUUCCUCUUCAGCCCCGAUGCCACCCUGAGCAGGAAGAUCUUUGCGUUCGAUCCCGAGACGCGCCAGCAGCUGCUGCUCGUGUCGCCACCCAAUGGCGGCGUCGACGAGUGCAAUCUCUCCACGCCCGAGAAGCUGCGCAGGGAGAGGCUGCGCGAGCGGGGGCUGGGAGUGACGCGCUACGAGUGGGCCAAGAGCGCUGGAGCUUGCGCCGCCACUGCGCAUCUCAUGGUUCCUCUUCCUGGCGGAAUCUACGUGCAGGAUGGGCUUGGAGCGGAGCUGAGAUUGAGGGUGGCCAGCACUUCGUGGUCUCCAAUUAUCGAUCCUCAGUUGUCUCCCGAUGGUCUAUCCAUUGCUUACGUCCGGGACGACGAGAUCCACGUUGUCCCCAUUACUUACGCCGAGCCAAGGCGGAUUACUCACAAUGCGAGAUCAUCCGGGAAGACACAUGGACUUGCGGAGUACAUUGCUCAGGAGGAGAUGGACAGAAGGAAUGGCUUUUGGUGGUCUUCGGACAGUAAGUUCAUUGCUUUCACGGAAGUGGACGGAUCCGCAAUACCCCCGUUCAGGAUAAUGCACCAAGGCAAGCCCAGUGUGGGAGGUGACGCGGAAGAAGAUCACGCAUACCCGUUUGCCGGCCAGUCCAACGUGAAGCUACGCCUGGGUGUGGUUCCCGUGGCGGCGGCUGGCCAGAUUACAUGGAUGGACCUCGAGUGUGGGACGAGCGAGGAGGAGGAAUACUUGGCCAGAGUCAUGUGGAUGCCCGACAACUCCCUCGCGGUACAGGUGCUGAGCCGGGAUCACUCCAAGCUCAAGCUGCUCAAGUUUGAUUCCAGGACAGGCAGGCGGGCACUUCUUCUCCAGGAGACGAGCGACGUGUGGAUCAACUUACACGACUGCUUCACUCCACUCCACAAGGGGACCGGCCGCCUGGCCGGGGGAUUCAUCUGGGCCAGUGAGAGAAGCGGCUUUCGACACCUCUACCUGUAUGACGGCACUGGCUUCUGCUUGGGAGCGGUGACGCAGGGGCAGUGGAUGGUCGAGCAGAUUGCGGGUGUGGAUGAAGAAGCGGGCGUUGUCUACUUCACCGCCACCUUGGACAGUCCACUGGAGACACACUUGUAUAGCACACGCCUGUUGCCGGCGGCGGCGAGUGGCGGCGGCCAUGUCAAGCGACUGACGAGAGGCGAAGGCAGGCAUCUGGUGGUGCUCGACCACCAAAUGCAGCACUUUGUGGACAUCCACGACUCGCUGGAGAGGCCGCCGUGCGUGCUGCUGUGCUCGCUCGCCGACGGCAGGCUUAUAGUUCCCAUUUUCGAGCAGCCGGCUUUGACGCCCUGGACACGGAAGCUGCGGCUGGCGUCGCCAGAGCUCGUCCAGAUCACCGCCAACGACGGCACCAGCCUGCAUGGCGCGAUGUACAAGCCCGACGUGAAAGAGUUUGGGCCGCCACCUUACAAGACCGUCGUUAGCGUCUAUGGAGGCCCCAAUGUCCAGACGGUUUGCAGCUCAUGGACGAACACGGUGGACAUGAGAGCGCAGUACCUCCGCAGUAGAGGAAUUCUGGUCUGGAAGCUUGACAACCGUGGGAGUGCUCGGCGAGGCCUUAAGUUCGAAGGAGCUAUCAAAUACAGCAUGGGGCAUGUAGACGUCGAAGAUCAAGAGGCUGGCGUGCAGUGGCUAAUCCGGCAGGGGCUGGCCAAGCCGGGCAAGAUUGGAAUCUACGGGUGGAGCUACGGCGGCUACUUGGCAGCCAUGGCGCUGGCUCGCUGCCCUGAGACGUUUCGAUGCGCAGUAGCCGGGGCUCCCGUGACAGCUUGGGAUGGAUACGAUACCUUCUACACGGAGAAGUUUAUGGGAUCCCCGGCAACGAACCAGGCAGGCUACGAGUUUAGCUCCGUCAUGCACCACGUCCACCGGAUUGUUGGAAAGCUACUGCUUGUCCAUGGGAUGAUCGACGAGAACGUUCACUUUAGACACACGGCCAGGCUCAUCAACGCCCUCAUCGCAGCAGGCAAGGAGUACGAGCUGCUGAUUUUCCCGGAUGAAAGACACAUGCCCAGGGGGCUGCGGGACCGAAUGUACAUGGAGGAGCGCAUUUGUGAGUUUUUGGACAGACAUUUAUCGUAGAAAAACUCUCCCACAGAUUGAUUUAUAUAUUCUAUACAUCCGAAGCUUCAUUCUACCGGAA